CACCGGCCGAACGAGUCCAGUUCAGUCUGCUCGAGUAGCAGCAGAGCAAUAGAAUGGGCGGCGGCGGCGGCGGCGGGAGCCCGGCAGCGAGCGGCGGCGGGAGCAGCAGCGAAGAUGAUGGGGACGCCGCGUGGAAGGCGGCCAUUGACUCCAUCGCCUCCGUUGGAUUCAGCGUCCCUUCGUCCAACGGCGUGGCGAAGGCAGCCUCUGGCGGCAGCGGCGAGGUGAACAACGGCGUGGAGCUGGAAGAGCCGCAUGAGGGGAAACCACAGGGUCCUGGGCUUAAGCUGUACCAGAUCAAGGUAAGAAACAUGUUGGAUGAUAUGUUAGAGAAAAACCUUGAAAUAGUCAAAGCUCCGUGCUUGAACUUAGUAGACCCCACAGAAACAGGAGGAGGAAUAAAGUUAUUUAAAAAAGCGCCACCUGGUAUUAGCAUGGAUUCUACGGAUAAACUGCACGUGCAACUCAAGAGACCAAGAAUUGUGCCUGGGGAGGAGGUCGAUGAGAAAUCAAAGAAGUUCAGGCAUAUGCUCCGGUCUGUUGUUGUCGACGGCAGUGACAUAGUUGUUUCUGCAAAGAAAGCAUCUGAGAGAUCAUUGGCUAGAUUGGAAGCGAGAGAAGCUGCAGCAAAGGCAAAAGCCAAGAGAGAGGAAGAAAGGGUGCAGGAACUGAAGAAGAUUAGGGGAGAGAAAUGGCUUCCUUCUGUUGCUAGACAAAUGAAGGAGGAAAAAGCUUGGGAGCUGCGAAGGCAAUGAGCUGAUGAUGCACCAGAUCAAUGGAGCUGCGUACGCUUAUCUCCAAGUCCAGUUAUCCUGGUGCCCUGUUCUGAGCGCCCACUAACAUGAGUAGAUAGAGGUGCACUGAAAGUUUUAAUUGAGAGAAUGUAGCUCUGCAUGUACUAUGCUGCACUGAAAAUUUUGAUCUAACUGACAGAAUGUAGCACUGGAUAUGCCAGCGUUCAUUUUCAUUUUACUUGUGUAGUAAAAUUCCAUAACGUGAUUUGGCAUCAAA